AUGGCACCAGCAACCAUCACUCAACUCCUCACUCUCGCUCUACUCGCCGUCAGCGCAACUGCCACCAACGGAGGCUACGGCCCCCCACCACCACCUAUCCCACCUCCACCCUAUGCUGGCCCGGAUCCCAUCUAUGACCCUCUUCCAGGCAACCCGGGUGCUUUCCCUCCAGGAUUUCCAUUCAACAAUUUGCCACCUCUUCCAGGUGCAAGUCCGAAUCCAUUGCCGGUUCCGGGAUACACGCCUAUUAUUCCUGGACCACCGAAGCUUACUACGAGUAAGGCAGGUGGUAUCUUCACUACUCUUCCUGGUGUUCCUGGUGGUCCCGGUGGUCCAGGAGGACCAGGAGGACCAGGUCUCCCUACUGUAGAACCCAUUUGUGCGAAGACCAUCUUGUCUACCACCAUCCUUACUCACAUUUCCACUACUGUCGUCAGCUUUACAAACACCAUCUCCUCGCUUGAAACAUUGACGAACAGUGUCUGUGUCCCAGCCAUCCCAACUCUUCCCCCAGCUGUCUCGACUUCGGAAACUGCUGGUGGUGUGUUCACAACUCCCACUCUACCCACUCUUCCUACUAUCCCAGGAGUGUCAUUGACCACCAUCACGACCUUGACGACGUUGAGCACAAGCAAGAUCACUAUCCCGGGUAUCCCAACCGGUCCUAUUACAACUGUACCGACCAUUCCAGGCCCUUCCAGCAUCAGUCUUCCGACCAUUCCAGGUGGAGUUGGCUCGACUGGUCCUGUCACUAAGCCUACGAGCAAUUCCUUCUCAUUCAUCCCUCCCCCAGUCCAAACCUACCCACCUUCUCCACCUAUCUAUCCUCCACCACCUCCCCCUCCAGGUUACGGCAAUGGUGGAAAUGGCGGAUACGGAGAUGUGGAUGACUAUUAG